AUGAAGUCCUCAAGCUCCCCCAAGCGCCCUCAAGACCGUCCUCCCCAGCCACCGACGGUCAAAGAACCGCAGUCAAGGCCGGAGCCGCGGCGGUCCAGCUCGUCCAGCAGCAGCGCCGCCUCGUCGACCACCUCCAACCAGACGGCCCUCAACGUCUCCAAGCGGACGCUCUACGGCCUCACCCAACAGCAGCACGAGCAGCAACUCCAGCAGCCAGUACGAUCUCCCGCGAUGGCUGCGGGCAGCGUCAAUGGCAGCAACACCUCACUGGCGCUGCGGCCCCAGAACGAGCCUGUCCAGCGGCGAGCGUCGCCUCUCGCCCAGGGCCCAUCUGCGUCCUCAUCCUCAGACACUCGAGGUUUCCGUUCACGCCACCAUUCCCAGGGCUUCUUCGAGCCUUCGCUGCCGACGGCCUCCCAGGGUUCCUCUGCUGCCGUCUCUGCCUCACGGAUUGCGGCCCAGGCGGCAAUGCAGCACCAGACCGAGCAGCACCAGCAACAGCAAUACCACCACAUCCGAAACAGAUCACAGACAAUACCCCCGCCACAGGAGAGCGGACUCGCCGCCAGGAGAGGCGCCAGGGACUCGCCUCCCCCAAUCCAGACGAACCUCCUCCGGCCGCAGAUGUCUGUACCUAGCCAGAUGAGCUACCAAAGUAGCACCAGUGGAGGGCGGGCCGCGGGGGCCGCGACAACGGCAGCCAACGUCGCCUUUCCCAGGACUCCCACGCCGCAGAGCGCGCUUCUACCAACCACUAGCAACACAACAACGACAAUAACCGGGGGCACGGCUGAGUCUGGCGGGCAGAAGGAGAAGCAGAAGAGCGAAAAGUCCAAAAUGAAGCUCUUCUCAAAACCCAAGCACAUCGGCAUGUCCAGAGACAAAGAGGACAAGAAAGAGAAGACCAUGCCAUCUCCCAGCAAGCUCGCAUCUAGGCUUGUUAACGCGUCGACAGUCAGCCUGAAUGAUCCUGCUGGCGGUGCGGGUGCUGGCGUUGGUGGUAGCGGUGACCUCAAUAUCAACAACAGCAAUAAUGGACUUUCCGCAAACAACCUGUCACUCUAUUCUCUGGCAAACUCCUCUGCCACCACUGUUGUGCCUAUUGAGAGACACUCCCUGGAUGAAGACAGAGGCAAAGAAAAAGAGAAACACAGACACCACUUCCUGUCACGCCAGAAGCUCAAGUUGAAGGACAGGGAGGAUUUCCAUCUGCCCCUGUCCUCGGCCAGCAGCAACUCCCGACCCCUGGAUCCCAGCGCGCCCCAGUCUCUCUACAACUUUGCACCCUCGUCCCCGGCUGCGUCGACGUUUGGAAAGUCUAUGAGUGGUCUUGAUCUCCGACACGGCGGUCGAGCGUUGCGAGAGAAGAAAAAGGAAGAAAAGGCCUCUGCUGCCGCUGCUGCUGCCGCCGCCGCCGCGGCUCAAGCUCAAGCUCAACAAGACGCGAUGAUGCGCGAAGGAGGCGAUCACCAGGCCGACUGGUCCGGUGCUGCGUCGGUUACUGGCUCUACCGUCACAUUCGGAGGCCCGUCGUCUUCCGUGAGCAGUGUUCAGGGGACCGGCAUCCUACCCGGAAGCAAUACUGCAAUCCAGGAGAUUCUACAGGGCUUUGGGCUACAGAACAUGACGCCCGACGACGCCUGGGACUUCCUCAAGGCUAAACUGCUCGUCUUGUUCGAAGGAGAAGACGUCCGUAUCGCGUUGGAGGACCUUAAUAAGCUGGUUAGAGUCCAUAUCCAUUGCUGUGUCCAGAAACAAGUCCCCCACCAGGUCAUCGAGGACCUCCGUGACCUGCUCCAGACGGGUUUUGCAUCUCUCAACUACUCACUCAUCAAGGUUCCCGAGGAGAAUAUCAUUCCACAUCUCGUCAACGUCUGGGUGUUCGCCUUUGGCACCGUCUUGCCAUUUAUCCAAGCUACUUUCUUACCCUUGGACCUUGAAUUCAAGGGCCACGGCUCAAUCAUGAACGCUCGCGAAGCAAAGGAGUUCUGGGGUGCCCAACCGGGCUCGAGCGAUGCUUCUAUUUCUGCUGGUGAUGCCCUGGAUGUCCGCAAGAUCGUCCUCACCUCGUUCCGUGACAACGUCAUAUUAACCCGCUACGAUGUGCUCAAGGCAGCCUUCUCCCGCCUCAGCCUGGAGAAGAUGAACGCUAAUAUCAACGGACCCCCAACUGCUACUAUACACAGCGCUACUACGGCCAGUGCCAGUCGACCAAGCACCUCUGCAGGCUACGAGACCGGCGGCGGUGGUGGGAGUUAUGCCUCGCAGCCCUCGUCCCACCUCAACGCUGGUAGCUUCUCCUCCGAAUCAGCCAUUGCAUCUCUCACCCGCGCCCGCGCAAUAUCCAACACGUCUUCCAACCCCGAACACACAUACCCAUCCUCUUACUCCUCUUUCUCGCCAUCUCAGCCUUCGAUCCUCUCCCAGACUCACUCCCACUCAACCAAUAUCCCCCCACCUCCUCAGCUUCCACCCACAGACCCCUCACAGGUCACCGAGACUGCCGGCCGAAUGCUCCAGUGCAUCUGCGUGCUAGCCAGCGUCCAGAGCGACGACGACGCCCAGCAGAAAAUCGAGGAGCUCAGCAAAUCCCUCAAGCACAACUGGCUUGGUCGUGGCCGAACUGGCCGUAACCGUCGAGGCUUCAUCGGCACCAAGAUCCGUCCGCCUCCACCACCUCGCAAGGACACCAACGAGCAGGCCGAUCACCAGUCUGCCGAUGACACCCCACGAGGCACGGAUGCGACUGGCUGGUGA